AUGUUUCUGAUUUUUUUUUACUCUAGUACCAAUGCUCUAGGGAACAUUAAUGACAGCAAGAAAAGAUGGAUGGUGUUUGGUCUUGCACUGAAGGACUUAGUGGACCAAAUUCGCUCUUUUGUAGAAAAGGAAGUUCAAAAGGAUUUUGACAAUCUUAAAACCAGUCAUGGCAUUGAUUCUCAGAGCUCAUCUGGUCGACUGAAGAAAUGGAGUUCCACCUUUCUGAAGUAUGAAAACAUCAAUGGCAAUGAUGCUGUACCCAAGCUCCCACAUGGGAAGUUUAAUUACGCUGCAUUUGACUGCCGUGUAAUGUCACAUGUGGACUAUGCAAAGCUGUACUUAGAGAACUACAUGGCCAAGUUCACAGUGUUUGAUGAACACUGCGAUGCUUCGGCUGUGCUGAACUUGCUAGGUAGAGUUCCAGUGUUUUCUCUUGCUGCGCAAGGUGCUGCACAUGAUGUUCGGCAAGAUAGAAAUGCGUGGGCUCACUGUGCAUUCCAAGACUGGGAUCCUGCAAAGUUUCAGCAGUAUUUUCAAGACAUGAAAAGGUUGGUGAAUGCUCUGGGUCUACCAGCUGCAGAUGAAACAAAACUCUUAGCAGAUCUCAACACCUGGGAGAAAACAGGUACUAACAGACAUAAUCGGCAUAAAAGUCUGCAAUAUCCAUGGGAACAUCCCUACUUGGCUUCAUCCCCACUAGGCUUCAUUGUGGUGGGAAAAGUUUUUAGGAAAGCUUUAAGGAUCUUAGCUUUAGAUGGAAGGAAGUGUAGGUGGGUAAUGGAACAAGAUUUCAUGGGAAUUUUUGUUUUUUUUGCCCCUUUCUCCGGUCUUCUCCACUGAAUCAUGCUCAUUCUGCCCAUCUUCUCCCCAUACACAAGUCAGAUGACAAAGUUUUCCUUGACCGUUAAAACUGAUGACGUCACAAGUGAUAGAAGGGGCGUGGAUCCGCACGGGCGGUUUAGGGGCGAAUGGAUUAAUCGGUCAUUUGUUUUUGUUUGUUUGUUUUUUUGGCUAAGGUGAUAAGACAUCAGCUAUUUUAAGCAAACGAUAUUAUUAUCUCGCUAUCAAAGGCGCAAAAUAUUGUAACAUAACAGUCACUGGAACAUCAACUCUUUCCAAGCAAAACCCAUACAGAAAUUCUGAAGCAAAAAGUACAGCACAUAAUUACAAGUGACUUUUAACUCCUUUUAUCUACACGUGUAAACCAAAAUGUUCUGCCACUUUUCACUGUAAUCAAAUUGUUUGACAGGACAUACUUAACUAAUCCUUAGUAAACACAUUGGGAACUUCAGCAUCGGCGAAGGCGACGGCAGCAAAAAUGUUACUUUAGUCACUCAGGUUUUGAAAAGGAAACGAAAACUCGCCGUCGUGUGUUUGCGACCUCCAUAACACAUCGAAUAAGGAAAAUUCACGUCGUGGUCGUACAGUGACGGCAAAGAAAUGUACCAAAACGUGUGCUGCACGUGCAGAAUUGUUGUUUUGCUAAUCUGACGUUGUCGUUACCGUCGCCUUGGUCGUCGUCGUCGUCGUCGACUUUCGCGCCGGUACGAAAACCAUACCCGAUAGCGGCUUCUGUUGACACAUAAGGACCGUGAUUUCGGCGCUAUUUCUGUAACGAAGCGAAGCUGCGCCGCGCCGAUCUCUUGCUAUUGUUUGUUGCAAUGUGAACACCUGUUCGGCCCGUAGUAGAAAUACAUAAAUGGGAGCUAGGCCUGGAACCCACUGAGACGGAAGUAAAUAUUCAGGAGGAAGGACUUGGAAUUUAGUGCAUCAAACCGUCUCGGCCAACCGCCCCGACACAGUAUUCGAUGUGUGUGAACGACUUGUGCCGCCCCGGGUCGUUGCUGUUCACACUGUAUAGGAUAGCUUUUCGUGGCGAUAGGAAAAGUUCUCCAGUAUACUGUGAACACAGCCUAAAUCUGCAGUUUGAGUUAAAAUAAAGGUUCUCAAUGAAAACAAUGGUAGACAUUACGUGCAGUAUAAUUCAGUGUUGACAUAGUAAUGAAUCGUAAUGUAGUUAAAAUUCUACUUUUUCUUGUUUGCCAAGGACCGUCGCUUUGUAUGAAUCCUUCUGUGGACGCAACAUUGUUACAGAUGGUACAACAGCAUGUUCAUAAGCUGAUAGCUGAUGUCGACAAUAUGGCGUUUGAAGUGGAUUGUGACAGGGAAACAGUAGAGAUUGCACUUCAAGAUGUUGCUGCUGAUGUGAAGGAACUGGAAAAACGCAUCUCAGUUGUUGAGAAGGAAAAUAAAGGAUUAAAACGCAGCAUGGAAAGCUUUCAAGACGAACAGAGAGCUAUGGGAGAAAAGUUCAAGUCACUAAAGUCAGACCAUGAUUUUGUACAGCAACGAGUAACACAAGUGGAAGAGCAACUUAGAUCUCCUCGUCCUCAAGUCAGCUUUGGUAAAUAGAAUUAUUCUUAUUAUCUUUCAAACUUUUAUUUCUGUCUAUUUUUGUUUAAUCCAGGCCAGUAAUGUUUGAUUGGCUGAUAUUGGAAAACGUACCCAAAAUACAAAAGGUGAUAAAUGCAAACCUACAUUUAAAGCUUAAAAAUUCUUGAUAAUAACCGAAAUUAAUAUUCGAAAUAAAUCCCACUUUUGAGCAAAACAUGACGCGGUCUGCCCAUUAAAUGACUAAAAGAAGUAAAAUUAUCCAAAGCUUCAACGUUUACUCAAUUUUGUGCAAACGUUAUAGAAAACUCAGUUUCGAUGGACAACAAUGAAUUUACGCGAUUCUAUAGAACACUGAUCAAUUGUAGCUCUGAAAAUUCUAAUGGAAGUAAAUCUAUGUACGAAUUUUUAUAUAUCUAGCCGAUUUUUUGAAAACCAACCUAUCGAACUGUGCAGUCAUUUGAGUUAAAAGGCGUCAAAAGGCAGGUUUUUUGGGUUCGAUAAGCUGCAAAUUACACUAACGAUGGAAAAACGGAAGCUAAGAAGGGAGACUAAGAAAGAGCGAGGAGGAAGAAGGGAGGAAAAGAGAAAAAGCAAUUGUUGCACUCUUAGUUUUUAUAAUAGCUACUUUAAAAACUGUUGGACACAAAAAGGUCCAUUUGGCGAUAACGUUUUCAAACAUCCGGCUAGAUAUACAUUUCUGUUGUACGAAAUCGCACAUGUGUAGCUGUCUCGAGCGGUUUGGUGUACGUGAUGUUAAAGAGACAUUUUUGAAACGAAUUAGUUGUAAAAUAUUUGCAGAAAUAUCCAGUAAAUAGCUUACCUUUACUGAUUCCUCACAUAUAGAUUUUUGUGAAACUUCGCUGAGCAGAAGACAGGCACCAAAGUAUACGUAGCCUAGAACAUUUUCAGAGGAAAUACGACUUAGGGCUGAAAUUCAAAGAGGAGCAAAAACAAUUGUGACGUCAUUGUCACCUGAUAUUCAUUCGGAUCGCCAAAAAGAUAUCAUAAUAAAGUUCAAUCUCUGUGUAAUUCAUGUGUUAUAACGGAUUUACAGUAAAGACCAAGCUGUUAACGCAGAACUGUUCCUUUUGCUUGUUCCUAAGAAAAGUUGGAAGUCUAAUAGAAAAGUUUUUUACUCAAGUAAGGAAAUGCGGAUCACUGAAAUGUAAUUCAGCUUUCUUCGUUUAAGCACUUUGUUUUUCUUCCUUUUUUCCCCGUAGAAAUUUCCCAUUUUGAAGCCGAUAUCGCUUUUUUAGCCGAGCGACACGAUCCAGACACGAGAGGGUGGCUAUUUGCAGAUAUUAACAGUUGGUUCCGUGCUCCUGGUGACUCCAGAGCUUAUGUUCUCCUGGGUGAUGCGGGAGUUGGCAAAAGUGUAAUAGCAGGAGCCCUGGCAAAGCGGGCACAGGAUGAUGGGUACUUAGGCGCUGCCUACUUUUGUCGCCACAAUGACGAGACAAGAAAUGAUCCCAGAAAUCUUCUAGGUACUAUAGCUUGUCAACUUUGUAAAUGUAGUGUUGAAUACAGUAAUAUAGUGGGAGGGGAGGGUGGUGUAAGAAUGACAUUAGCCAAUAGUAAUUUAAGUAUCGGUGGGUUGUUUACGAAACUGUUACAAGAACCUUUAGGUAAGUGCAUGCCUUGUGAACAAAGAAAAUUAGUCAUUAUUGACGCUCUAGAUGAGACAGAGUACAAAUCCAGGGACGAUUUUCUUGAUCUGAUUACGCACCGUUUUCCCCGGCUUCCAAAGUGGCUUUUGUUUUUUAUCACCAGUCGCCCUGAAGAUACCGUGCAGUUCACUCUGAAAAAUUAUAACCCUUGCGUUAAAAUAUGCGCUGGAUACGGCAAACAUCUUAAUGUUUAUCAGCAGCACGAGCAGGACAUAAAGCAAUUUUUCGAGAAAAGAGUCGAUUUUUCCUGUCUCCCAUGCACAGUUGAAAUCGUAACAAAGAAGUGCAAUGGGUUGUUCUUGUACGCGUUCUACAUGGUAGAAGUGUUAAAUAAUUUAGCAUGUUCAGGUAACAUUGGUGAACUGACUGAACUUUUUCCAGGGGAUAUUGAUGAUUUUUUUUAUGUCAAUUUCAAGCGGAUUUUUGAUAAAGUGGGAGCAGAUCUCUUCAGAACUUUGUUCGGUUGUGUUGCAGCUUCUCCUUCUCCUCUUCCGCGGUCAUUUAUUUCAUUCCUUCUAAAGACAGAAAAAUCAAACCUGAACGAACAAGAAGUUAUUGACACUGUUUCAAUAUUUUUGGUACAUCGAGCGUCUGAUCUGACCUUCACCUUUCUUCACAACUUAAUCCCAUCCUGGCUGACCGACAGGAACAAAGCUCGGCGAUUUUUUGUCGAUAUUACAGUGGCACGGAAGUACUUGAAGAAAAUCGUGUUGGAAUUUCUUCCUUCCAGUGUGAUCAACGUUUCAUCAGAAAAAUAUUCGUCAAUUGAAAUAGAUUUACUGGACUACGUCUUGCAUUUCGGAGUUCGUCUUUUGUGUAAGUGCGAUGACAUAGAUUCGAUGAAGAUCGCUCACAACUUCUUGACAAGCUACCAGUUUAUUCAGAAGAGAAUACAGAAAAGCCGGAUUGGCGUUUAUUCUCUGAUUGGUGAUCUCAAGCUUUCUGCCGGUUGUCAGAAUCUUUCUGACACUGAAAAGGAAACUCUGCAAGGAGUUUGCAGAGCACUAGAAAGAAGUAUCCAUACUCUUUGGGAAUGUCCCUAUCUUUUGCCUUCCUGUCUGCAAAUGGUGUCCAAAGCUGUCAAAUUAAACAUAACAAUUCCCGAUGGAGUGUCCACCACUUGGAUGGAGUGGAGUUGGCUUCCUUUCCCUGCUCCUAAAGCCCCUCAUAACAAGGUCAGCAGGUGCUUGGCUUUUUCCCCUGAUAGGAAGUUACUAGCCCAAUUUCAAGAAGGGGGCAUCUCGUUGUUCAAUUCAUGCUCCCUUGAAAGGUUGCUUGGCCCAGUCAAGUUAAACGCAAUGUCAGACGUAAAAUGUUUGGCAUUUUCUUCCUGUGGUGAUUUUGUCUUCUUUGGAAAAUUUGACAAAGUGUUCUCAGUACAGCGAGGGAUUAUUGAAACAUAUGUCCCAUUACAGAAAGUUCAUCUUCAAUGUGAAUGGUGUUCAUUUACCCUUGAUCGACAACACAUUGUGGUGAAAUGUAGCAGUUUACCUACACCCACUUGCUGGUUGUGCCUUUUAAACCACCUUUGUUUGUGGGCCAAAUUGGAAAUUGAACGGAGCGGUAAAAGAGAACCCUUAUGUCGCUGUUUUCCUAACAAGCUGGAAGUGACAAGAAAAUUCCCCCAGUUAGCAACGUAUCAAGGUUCGCGCAUUACAGCAAUGAGGCCAUUGUUAAAUCUCCUCAGCGAAAUGAAGUGCGAAGAAUGGUGUUCACUUUUAGAAAAGGUACAACUUGAUAGAGGAGAUUUGACUUUUCUGGUUCCAGAUUGUCUCAGGUGUGAAUUGUCAAGAGAUUAUGAGGCAUUAACCUUGAAAGAAGUUCGUCAGUUUGUUAUUGACCACUAUUCUAACAUAUUCAAGUAUCAAGUUUGGGAUGCCCGAACGGGUAAACCUGUGCUCAAUGUAGCCUUAUCUUCCGGUGUUGAGGUAUGCCCGUUUAUUCACUUUUGUCACCUAGGCACUGCAUUCGAGACAUGUGGCACACUAUUUACCGGUAUUGAUAAGGCUCUCUCACUCGCCAAUAUUGCUUUACUAAGCACUAUUUGUCAUCACCUUCUCUUCCGUGAAAAUUUUCUGGAAAAGUAUUUGUUUAGAAGCUUUCCACCCAGGCCAGCGAUAUUAAAAUGGUAUUACCCUCGUCCUGAUGGAACAGUUAGCUUUAUGGUGGAUAGCCAAAACGUGAAACGUGUCAUUAAAGAGAUCAGAUGCUAUGCUGCCUUGGAGGAGGAUGUAGUUGUUUAUGUGACUCAUGAGUCCCGUCUAUGUGCUCUCUGUCUCCAGACAGGCACCACGACUGUUCUAGACAGCUCCGAACCAAUUAUGAAGGUAUUGUACCGUGACGCGGUUCUGCAUCUCUUUUUAACCAGCGAUGACACUAUUGAAGCGCGAGCCUUAUCGAAUUACUUAACCAGCGAUGACACUAUUGGAACGCCAGCCUCAUCGACUUAUACAUUUACCGACUUAUCCAACGGUGACACUUAUGAAGCAAUAGAAAAGGUGUCAGUCUUAUCGACAGUUUCACCAAUAAUAGCGUCCGAACUGGAAAAUUUCCCUGAUGAAGGUAAAAAAGUGUUUUUCUCUGACAGUGUACCUUGCUUAUCACCAGGAGUGAUAUGGGUGGCCAAACCGUUUGUUAAAUAUGCUAAGACUGUGGUCUACUUGUUUCGUGUAAGACAUCCACAUUAUCAGCAGCAACGUUCCAACAACCCAGAAUACGUCAUCAAGGAGGUCGCUCAAUUUGGUUUCACAAAUGAUCACUCAUUUUUCGUGUAUUUAAGUGUUCACACCUCACUUCACGCCCUGUCUCUACAAUCGGGUACCAUUCUGCAAAGCGUCUCAGGAGUUAGCCCGUUAUUCUUCACUUCUGAAGGGCACGUAGGCUAUCAUUUUCAGGCCGAUGACGAGGGUAAAACUCUGUUUUUGAAAGACUUCCCUUGUGAUUUUUUGAAACGUUUUCUUAUACCAUCAGUGAAAAUUCCAAUGCAACCAAACUUCGUUUCAGAGGACACUUUCUUGGUUCUUUGCACUGAUUCAUCAGUUUUGUCAUUUCAAGCAACUGGAGAUUUAUGUACCAAAACUAUAUUUGCUGAACAUCCCUUGGACUCCGGUUUGCUUGGCCCUUGGCACGUACAGAAAUGCGCAUUUUCCUCGGAUGGAAAGCUAAUUGCUGCUCACCAUGGUAAGAUGAUAACGUUGCACGAUGCAAUCGGAUCAGACGAUUGCAGUUUUCCGUGUUCAGUUUUUGAAGAUGAUCACGAGUUCAGUGUCCUUCAGCUUACAUUCUCGGGUGACAGUGCCUUACUUCUUUAUUGUAUCAGGAAUUGUCCUUUUGUCGUGUGGGACGUUAGGAAGAGAGAAACGUUAGCAUCAUUUGACCCACCUGGGCUUGUUUCUGAGGAUUUUUGCUGCUUCUUUACAGUAGAUAACAAAAUAGUUUUUUCCACUGAGCUUCACAUCGAGAUCUGGGAUCCUGCGAAGAUUAAAAAUAAAGCAUCGACCAGACUGGAUGUCGACGUGCUCUAUAGUAAAGCUGACAUAAUCACCUACUGCACAGUGUCACGCAACAAUGAUCUAUUGGCUUGUUGCGUUGUGGAUAGAAUCUUACUCUACUCUCUUAACAGUCCUACCAACCCGCAGUUCGUUUUAAAGCUACCUCGCGCCCAUUUAGGUAAAAUCGAAUUUUGUCGGUUUUUAAAUGGGAAGCGCUACAUUAUAUCAUAUGGUAUUGAUGGUGCUGUGUUCUUGUGGGACGUACUUGAGCGGACAGCCAUUUCUUUCAUUAGAGUUCCAGUUGAGGGUGAAAACAUUUCCUUCAUGACUGUCUCCCCCAAGGAAGACAAAGUUGUUGGUUUUACUUCAUUUGGAAGAUUCUUCCAAAUAACGCUGAAUGGAUUAAAUGCUGAGAUUUCGUCAUUUCAAUUGAAACCACAAGGAAUGAUGAUGGGGCCUAAUGCGUCAACCGUCACAGGAGCAGUUUGCUCUUAUGUUGAACAGAUCGCUGAGGAAACGGACACUUCAAAAGUACUGGAAGAGAUGUCUUAUAUGUAUUCUUCUGACCAAAGUGAAGACGGUGAUGGAGGUGAAUCGGAAAAUUCCGAGACUGAUCAAUAA